AUGAGAUCAUUAGGUUGUCACGAGUGCAUAGGAUUUUACGGAUCUCAAUUUGGAUGUCGUUUGACUAUCGAACGGAUUUCGCAUAUUGUGCGUUAUUCGGGUUCGAUAAGUUCUAACCGUUGGAUCGAAUUCGCGGAUCGUGAAUCGGAGCCCCGGAUGUUCCGAUUCAAUAAUUCAAAGUUUGUGGGAUUAACGAUAACCAUAGGAUGGGAAGCGAUUCCCAAACCUGUAACCGGACCUGAAGAUAUCCUAUUGGACGUACUUCGGUCGAUCGUUCACAGCAGGCAGGACCCUCUCGGGGCCGGGCAGCGUGGGAUUACCUGCUUCCCACACAUGGCGUUGGCAGUGCCGGUGUGGUGGGAAGGCCAUGAGAUUGCUAGUCUCAUACAUGGCGUUGGCAGUGCCGGUGUGGUGAUGAUACUGUCUGCGCGCGUAGGACUUGAUAUGAGAUUUGUGAGCUACACGUGGCGUUGGCAGUGCCGGCGUGUGAGCUAUGGAGUUCCGUCCCCCGGUUGGACUACUCAUCCCUGGACGCGGGUUCAUGUUCGAAAAUCCUGCGUACCAGCCAACAAUCCCCCGGUUGGAUUGUCUUCCCCGGGGAGACUCUGCCAAAAUUUUGGUAGGAUGUCUUGGGUUUUUAGUGAAUGUAGGUAUUGUUUAAAGGUGGAUGAUCACAUUACGCAAUUGUGCCCCUACAAGUAUGAUGUCCCAAAGAAUGCAAUUCUUGGCAAAGGUUGUUCGGUUGUUGCACUGUCUGUAGAUGUAGGUUUAGUGACUCAUGUUGUGCCAAAUGCGGCCAUACCCGUGGACGAGCAAUCCUCAUGGAUUGUAUAA